AUGCAAAUUUAUCCCGAUGUUUUAAAAUUACGUUAUCAGUUGGAAAGUAGUCUAUUUACGCAAAUACCUGAUGAUGAAUAUCUUAUUAUUUUGCUCGACUCAAUCGAUCAACUUGAAACAGAUGGAUAUGAUUGUCAAUGGUUACCUGGAUUAUUUCCAAAGAAUGUUAAAUGUAUUGUAUCAACAUUACCGGAUCACGGUAAUAUUUUAUCAAAUUUAAAAACGAUUAUCAAUUAUAAUUCAUUUAUGCCGAAAGAUACUGAACAUUUACUUGUAUUAGUGCCACCUUUUCAAGCAUCUACAGUAGAAAUAGUCUAUGAUGAUUGGCUUGCAAUGAAGCAACGUUCAUUGAGCAAUGAACAACGUUCAUUUAUUCAAAAUUUAAUGGCAGAACGAACUGAAAUUCUUCCUUUAUUUAUGAAACUCGUUUUUGAUAUUAUUUUAACUUGGCAUUCAUAUGAUCCUAUCGACUUUGAAUUACGAAACUUAAAGAGUGUUGAUGAUUGUAUUCGUUAUCUUUUUAAUCAUUUAAAAAGUGUUCAUAAUCCUAUUUUAUUCCAUCGUGCUAUAUGUUAUAUGACGGCAUGUCGAAAUGGCAUUAGUCAAAAUGAACUCGAAGAUGUACUUUCACUUGAUGAUGAUGUUCUUAAAAGUGUUUUUCAACAUUAUAUACCACCUGUACGACGAUUACCUGGCAUUUUAUGGACAAGAAUUAGAAAUGAUUUAGAUGAAUAUAUCACAGAGAAAGAAGUUGAUGAUUCAUCAGUGAUCUAUUGGUAUCAUCGUCGAUUUAUUGAAGUUGCACAAUCUCAAUUUAUUUCCAAAAUGGGUUCUCAAGAGAAAAAAGCUGUCUUUCAAAAUCUGAUCGAUUUAUACAAAGAAACAUGGAAAGGUAAAAAUAAGCCAUUCAAAAUAGAAGAUCCAAAAUUAGUCGAAAAAUAUCAGUUGACUGAAUCAAAUGGUGAAAUUCAAGCAAAUCGAUUGACAACUUCGCAACCAAUUGAAUUCGUCGAUGCGAAUGGUCGUAUACAGUACAAUAAAAGAAAGUUGAAUGAAUUACCACAAUUUUUGACUCAGUUUACACCCGAUUUAGCAAUUCCUAUUGCUGCUGAAGAAGUUAUUUUCAAUUAUCCAUUCAUGCGUGCUAAAAUUGCUUGUUCACCUUUCAAUGAUAUUAUGAAUGACUUGCAAGCAUUCAAGAACAAUUCAGCAUAUCAACUUUCUGAACAAACUAAAGAAAUAAAAAAAGAAAUCGAUAUAUUCACUAUGUUAUAUUUGAUUAUCGGCCCUCAACUGCAAGAAUAUCCGCACAAUUUUUCCUUUGAAAUUUCUUCGCGUCUUCUAAAUUUGUUUGGCAUCAAAUCGUAUAUCACCAAUCUAAUAAAACAAUUCGAUGAACAAAGCAUUCGUUAUUGUUCUCUGAUUGUUCCCUAUUGUCAAUUUCAACCGCCGGGUAGUGGUUUAAUCUUUUCAGUAGCUAGCCAUACAACAUCUGUAGUCGAUUUCGAUUUUACUGAAGAUCAAAGAGUAGCUAUAUCUCUCUCGGAUAGAAUUGUCGUAAUUGAUAUGAAUGCAGCAAGUACAGUGUUGGAUAUCAAUUUACCGACAUUAGAUGAACCGUAUUUGAAUUCAACCACAUUACCCGAAGCAUAUAAUUUCAAUGAAUACGAUCAAGCAAAAAAUGAUUCGUCUUCAACAGAUGAUAAGGAUCAAUUCAAGAAAUACUUAUUUCUCGUCAAUUCAUUGCAUCAUAUCUAUCUUGUGUCUGCUCAUGAAAAUAUUAAAUUCGAACAUUCAUCUCAAGUCGGCUAUUUAAAUGUUGAAGUUUUUCAUAAAAAACGCGGUCUUUUUAUCAUCGCAGAAAUCAAUGGAAAUUGUGUCGAAUGUUGGGACGUUGUAAAGAAUCGAUUGUUCGAUCGAAUCAAUUUUCCGUCAUCUAAAAUUAAACAGGUUCUUUGUGUUAAUAUCUAUUCAAUGGUUAUCACUGUUCUUCAAGAUGGAACUAUUCAUUUUCAUUCGAUUAUUGAUUGGACUAAAUCAUCAUUCGUUUAUCGAGGUACAAUGCAAGCUGGUAUUCAUAUUGAUUUAGUUACUGUCGAUGAACGAUUAUUGAUUGUCACAUUUGAUACAACUAUUCCUAUCGAUUUCGCCAUCAUUGAUUUAAAACAGUUCAAUAAAAAUAAACAAAUCAUAUUCGACAAGCAAAUACUCAAAACAUUAGUCGCUUUCGAUCCUCUGAUCGAACCUAAACCAAUCAAAUCUAUCAUAUUACCUCACAAAGAAUCAAUGAGCUCAAAGAAAAAGUCAAACUUUCCACUAUUUAUAGCUAAGACCACCACCGGUGCGCAUAUUAUUCAUAAAUGCAUCAGUGAAGAAUUAUCCUACGUACGCAUUAAUGGCCAAUUUGAUGUUGUGUCUAUGCAUGCAAGCAAUCCAAAUACAGUAUAUACAGCUCGUGGAGGUAUUCUCGACGUAUAUAAGUGGGCAUGUAUUGAGGGUGAAGAUGAUAAGGAAGGCAAUCAUAAAAUUUUUCACAAAUAUCAACUUUAUGUUUCCAUCGAUAUCAGUUCAUCACCUGUAACUACAAUUACAGCUUCAUCCGAAAGCGCGUCAAUAUUUUUAUGUUCAUUGGGAAAUGGAGUUAUCCAAGCUUACUAUGCUACUCAUGCAAGAGAAGCGUACAAGAAAAUGCCAUCUUUUCCGCGCACAAAUGAAGUCAUACGAACCGUUCAAUUAUAUGGAAAAAUAGCUGUUACUCUUGAUGGUUCAAAAAGUGAACUCACUUCAUGGACGUAUCAACAUGCAACAUCGAUUGAAUCUACUCGUAUGUUUCGUGAUGAUAUAACUAUCAAUGAUUUUGCCAUUACAUCGAGCAAGUUAAAUUCCGAGACUUUAUUUGUACUUGUACUAACAAGUAAUCGUUGGAUUGAAAUUUAUGCAGUUAAAUCACUUAACAAGGAGCCUGUCUUUAAUUUUCAAUUGCGUUCUCCAGCACGAGUUCACCCGACACAUAAUGGCACCUUUUUUGUGUUAGCAAACAAUGGUUUAGUAUAUUCAAUUGCUCAACAGAUCACUUCUGAAAACCAAAUUCAAUUCAAUCAGACAGCUAAUAUUCAAUUGAAGAUUCAAUGUUCACAAAUGUUCAGCUCAAUUUUAACGCUCAAUUCAUCAGAAAAUAUUAUUGUAUUUGCUGAUAAUGGACAAUCGAUGGCAAUCUGGACAAUCGAACGAGUUAUCUAUAUUGAUGUUAAUGUUUCACCUUAUCUUUCAUCAUCGCAGUUGAAAUCUAUUGACAGUGAACGAACUCAAAACUUGUUAUUACUAUAUUUUCACGAUAAAAAUCUUAUUUCUUGUCAAGUACAUCUAGAAGAAUCGAUCGAUAAAGGUUUUCUUCAGAUGACUCCAUUCGAUAAAGCCGAUAAAUUUUGUCUGAAAAAUAAUUGUCUUGCUACAUACAACAAGGGAAAUACUCAACUUAACUUACACAACAUCCGUUCAUGUACAUGUUAUGAACCAAUUCAACUAGAAAAUGAAUGUCAACAAUUAUGUUUGAAUGAAUCUGCUAGCUAUGUUUUUGCUCUUGUCAAACCUCGAGUCUUGUUCAUGUAUCGUAUUGAUGAUCGUCGACAAUUAGCCAAAUUAUUUGUUUAUGAUUUUGUCUCAUUUAUGGCAGCAGACAAUGACUUUCUCGUCUUAGCUAUGAAUGACCGACGUCUACUUACACUCAUGAUUGCUGACCCUGAUGAUCCGAACGUACAAGCAAAAAUACAAGCUUUACCGAGCAGGUGUGUAUUACGAGAAUCAUUGUGA